GCUGGCCCCACCUUCCCAGGGCGUUGGGAGAAGUCAGCCCACAGCUCAAUUGAAUCGGUCCCCACUGCUUCCAGAAAGGAAAGGCAAGCUUGUUCCAGGGACAUCUGCGGACAGGUACUCGCCGCUGACCCGCCCAGGGCCCUGCAAGCCUUAAAAGGUCUCAUCCUCUUUCCCCGCGCAGGGGCCCGAGGUCUGCCUCCUAUGCACCCCAGCACCCCCAUCAGCUCCCUCUUCUCCUUCACCAGCCCCGCAGUGAAGAGGCUGCUGGGCUGGAAGCAGGGAGAUGAAGAGGAGAAGUGGGCAGAGAAGGCGGUGGACUCUUUGGUGAAGAAGUUAAAGAAGAAGAAAGGCGCCAUGGAUGAACUAGAGAGGGCGCUGAGCUGCCCGGGCCAGCCUAGCAAGUGCGUCACCAUCCCAAGGUCCCUGGAUGGACGCCUCCAGGUGUCCCACCGAAAGGGGCUGCCCCACGUCAUCUACUGCCGCGUGUGGCGCUGGCCAGACCUGCAAUCCCAUCAUGAGCUGAAGCCCUUGGAGUGCUGCGAGUUCCCGUUUGGCUCCAAGCAGAAGGAGGUCUGCAUCAACCCAUACCAUUACCGCAGAGUGGAGACCCCAGUUCUGCCUCCAGUGCUGGUACCAAGACACAGCGAGUACAACCCUCAGCUCAGCCUCCUGGCCAAGUUCCGAAGUGCCUCGCUGCACAGCGAACCCCUCAUGCCGCACAAUGCCACCUACCCGGACUCUUUCCAGCAGUCUCUCUGUCCGGCACCACCCUCCUCGCCAGGCCACGUGUUCCCGGAGUCUCCAUGCCCCACCAGCUACCAGCACUCCCCUGGAAGUCCUUCUGAUUCAGACAGUCCCUAUCAACACUCAGACUUCCGGCCAGUUUGCUACGAGGAACCCCAGCACUGGUGUUCUGUUGCCUACUACGAACUAAACAACCGAGUUGGAGAGACUUUCCAGGCGUCUUCCCGGAGCGUGCUCAUAGAUGGCUUCACUGACCCCUCCAAUAACCGGAAUAGGUUCUGUCUUGGGCUUCUUUCAAAUGUAAACAGAAACUCUACAAUAGAAAACACCAGGAGGCACAUUGGAAAGGGUGUGCAUUUGUACUACGUUGGGGGUGAGGUGUAUGCGGAGUGCGUGAGCGACAGCAGCAUCUUCGUCCAGAGCCGGAACUGCAACUACCAACAUGGCUUCCACCCGGCCACCGUCUGCAAGAUCCCCAGCGGCUGCAGUCUCAAGGUCUUCAAUAACCAGCUCUUCGCCCAGCUGCUCGCCCAGUCAGUGCACCACGGCUUUGAAGUUGUGUAUGAGCUGACGAAGAUGUGCACGAUUCGGAUGAGCUUUGUGAAGGGCUGGGGAGCCGAGUAUCAUCGCCAGGAUGUCACAAGCACCCCCUGCUGGAUCGAGAUUCAUCUUCAUGGACCACUGCAGUGGUUGGACAAGGUGCUCACUCAGAUGGGCUCCCCACAUAACCCUAUUUCUUCAGUAUCUUAAGUCAACUACGGUUCCACAGACUAGAUGGGGGGGCUUCUAUCACUGCAAGCCACAGCUAAUACAAGGCUCUGGAUGCAGAUGUAAAUACAUGUAUGAUGCAUAUGAGUCACAUGUUUAUCACCCUUUGUUUUGUGCUAUCUACUUAGCCUGGGGCCAGUGCUGUGUAGUUGAAGAAGCACGUUCUCCAGGCUAAUGCUCUGAUUAGAAGCCAAGUCUUUUGUGAAAGGGGAAACAGUAUGUGAAGGCAUUGGCAGAACCCAAGGCCACUGAGUCAGCUCGUCACUCUACAGAAUGUUGUGCCCCAUACGGAAAACACAAAGCUGCUUACAUGGAAAAAGAAACAAAAAUAAACCAGGAGCACUAGAGCAAAACCAGUCAAACCCACAUAGUUUUAAAAGACCUCACUUGCAAUGUGAAUGGCAAGAAAGAAAACCAAGCUUGUCCAGUGAUCUGUGCGAUAAAGCCACAGACACUUUAUCUCUGAAGUUGAAAUAUGCAUAGCUGGGUACUGUGCUGAAGUCAGGUACACUUAAUCAGAUUUAAACUGUGAUCGGAAAGGGAGAAACUGUGAAGCUUAGAGUCAGGUUGCCUUAAUCUACCACUGUUAAAACAAGCAAGCAAGCAAGCAAGCAAGCAAGCAAGCAAGCAAGCAAGCAAGCAAGCAAGCAAGCAAGCAAGCAAGCAAGCAAACAAAAGCAAGGCUCGUAAAGGAAACCCGCAGGUUAGCAGAACCCAGGCCCAGGAGUACAGGGGCUCCUGCUUCCACUCUGGCAGUCAGCUUCCAGUCUUCCCCUUCCUCCUGUCUGACCUUGCAGGUGGCUGCCUGCCCUGUGUACACUGCAAACCCUGCACAGAGAUGAAGCCGUAGACUGGAAGGUUGGGAGCAACGGCACAUGGCUACCUGCACUUUUGUGCAUGCCCCUACUAGGCAGGGCAUCCUUUGCCUCGUCUUUCCUCCCAGUGACAAAUAUCGAUUAGUUACAGAUGACUUAAACAACAGCAAGCUUUGGGGGGAAAGCUAGAGGCAUUGUUGGACUAUAUUUAUGCAUUUCUCAACCUGUUAGGUUAAUAGCUGGUUACAUCUGUGGCAGCCUCUUCUAAAGCUAAGAAAUACCUGCAUAUAGCUUCCCAGGUGUGGUAGGAAUGUUUCAUAUGCCCUACAUUUUUUUGAGGAAACAGUGGUAGUGAAUAAUAAAGCAUCUUUAAAAACACUAUAUACAUAUAUGUAUACAUAUAUAUAUAUUCAUGCAUAAUCAGCAUGCAUGUAUUAAAGCUUGUUAUUUCCUCCAUUGUCUGAUAAAGGGAAAUAUCCCCCAGACUUCAAGGUACAUGCCACUUAUUAAUCACCCCAUUGCUUCUAAGUUUACUUCAGGCCCUUUGAGAAGCACAUUAUUUAGGAUGACAUUUAUGGUUUAAAGGACACAGCUUCCAUAAUCCGAGUUGCCUUCGUUUAAUCCAUUCUGCCUAGCAUCAAUGUAUAUUUUUUUCCCAUUCAAUUUAUUUAAGAUAGAAAUGAUCAUGUGAAGAAUCACUCAUAAUGCCUACUCUAUUUAUAAAAUCUGAUGUCUCAACCUACCACUUAGAAUGUAUAAAAAACCCAAGCAUGUCUAUUCACUAAGUCUGUCUAGUGCAUUUGUGUGUACUGGGUACAAUGUCAGGUGCUGUGGAAUCAAAUGCACAUUAGAGGUAGUAGUCCUCACCUCCAUAAUGCUGGACAUAAUGCUGGACAUCUAACAGACAUUUGCACAGACAUCGGGUCUCAGAACUUUGAAAACCCACACAUGUGAAUUUUCUUGGGCUUGAAAAAUAAUGGAAUCAAGUUCUUAACUAUUACAAUAUUGGAGUUUUACAUCACCUCAGAACAAUUAGGCAAUUUAUCUUUGCAUAACUACUUUCAUUCUUAGCCACUCCACCUCCUUGCUUCCCUAUUUUUCUGAUAUUUCUCCUGGCUUCUUCCUUGGAAAAGCCGUGCGUCUGGCAGAUCUUCUCUGAGAACCCACCCAAGGACGCACAGCAUUGUCCCAGAUUUCUAACGGCCCUUUUGGUCUUUUCACAAGCGGUCAAAUAUCCCUGGCAAUAUGCAGCUUUAUGGAACUAUUCAGAAGUAGAGGCUUCAAGGUGGGGUGGCACCUGCCUUUAAUCCCAGCAGCAGGGAGACAGAGGCAGGUGGAUCCCUGGGAAUUCAGGGCUGACCUGGUCUAAGUAAGGAGUUACGGGACAGCCAGGACUCAAAAUUGAGACCCCAUCUCAAAACAAAACAAAGCAAAGCAAAGUGAAACAAAACAAAAUAAGAAGUUUAAAAACAAAACUAAAAAACCAAAUAAACUACUUGGAUUUCCUUGCAGCAUUAAGAAAUCAGACAAAAUAUUGACAUGUGUCUGAUUUCUUUGAGAAAGGAAUCAUGACAUAGGUUCAUAUGUAUAUUAUCAGCAAAUUGAGCUUUGAAGAGAUGUAAAUCCUGUGCUCAUAUAAUAGUCACAUUUUAAUGAGUUUUUCCUCCUUGGCUGCUAUCUAAAAAUAUCAAAAUCCUUGACUUCAACUCCUCUGAGUGACUAUGUGGCAAUCAUUCCAUGAAACUGACAAGCAAAACUACGUUGUGUAUGCUGUUUUACAGGACAAAGGGGAAAGUGGGCAGCCAGGCCUUUAUACACUGCAAGAGUGUCUCCAGUUGCCCUGGGUAGGGUCAAGCAAUGGAGAACUGCAUUGGUUUGGCCUGCCCACAAGACCCAGAAUGUUUAUCACUGGGUACAAGUCAGUAUUUGUGAGUCUUGGGAAAAAUAAGAUAUGAUCAGUUUGUUUCAGCUAAUUGAUAACAGCUGCUUCAGAACUAAGAAGGCACCACCAUUUUAACAUACACACUUCGGUGUUGUAGAGUCACCAAAUUGGCAAACUCUCUAGCAUUUAGAAUAUCCUUUUCACUGUGUUCUAAGGAUGGAGUUCUCCCCAUAACGACAACAGAAAGAAGAGUAUAGCAAGAGCAUUUUAUAAGCAUUGCUUGCUGGACUUUAAGCUCCUGCUUAACACUGAAUAUGUUUCAGAUAUUUUGUGUAUAUAUUUAAUGAAGUAAAAUAUACCAUGCAUUCCACAUCGUCUUACCUGCUAGGAGUCAAGAGCCGAACUUUGCAAGGGUAGGUGACCCUCACAUACGUUAAAGAUAAGUUCAGAUGAAUAUGAAACAGACUGCCAGGAGUACUCUCUGAUUCCCAGCAGCCUAGCCUUCUGGAAAUGCCAGUCAGCACCACCUCGUAGUCUGUGAUAGGCAAUGAUUCACCUUUUGCCUAUUUUUCUUUCAAACUCUAGGAAAUACUUCUAUGUAUACGAUCUAUGGCUCUUUAAGAUGCUUAAUCAUAAACUGUUCUACUUAGAAAAUGGAACUUAAAAGAAUUCUUCAUGCUGUAAAAACUUUGGUGGCACUAUAAAAAAAAACCAGAUAUCUUGGAAUAUUUGGCAUUACAUGUGUAAUUUUAAUGAUACUUUCCAGAAUUUUUAGAGGUGUUUAGCUACUGCUCCCCAGCUUAGCGCCAGGACACACAACUCAAACCCUUUGUAUGGCGAAGUUAUUGUUAUUAAAAAGUGAAUUUAAUAUACAUUGUCAUUUGAGCAUCAUUUGAGCAACUCAACAACCACCCAUGUCCAUCAAGGAACAUGUCUAUAUUAAGAUGAUUAGUAUGUGAUGCUUAUAAACACCUGGAUAUAUAAGGAAACUUUCACUAAAAAUCAUUUAUUUUUCAUAUGCCAUGAAAUAUGUUUAACUGAUUAAAAUGUUUUCUAAGAGAA